AUACCGGGCGCUGCCAACAACGGCUCUGCAGCCUGCGGCUCCGACCGAGCCCCCGGGGGCUCCUCGCCGACGGCUCCGGAGCCGUCACCGCAGGGAAGAGCGGUCGGCGGCUGUGCUCGGCGAUGACUGAUUCAGUCGCUCUCCCUCCUUCGGAAGGACAAAUGUAAGCGAGCUGCAAAGUGUAGUUACUAAUAACAAUAACAAUAAAUUAUCGGGCUGUUGCUCAGUAGCGCAAACAAACGCUCGCCAUGAACCACGCAGAGUCCCCUCGGGGAUAGGCCUGUCCACCAGACCGGCUGCGCUUUGGGCCAGCUCGCCCGGCAGCCUCACGGAGCCGGUGACCGGGCCGGGGCCUCCUAAGCGCCCAGCGAAAAGCAGCCGGUGGAUGGCGAGAGUGGACUGGGGGCAGCCGGGGCCGCACUCGGUGCCGGUGCAGCCCUUCAAACACCUCGACCCCCGCCCGGGGAGCCGGGAACCCCCGCACAAUCCCGGGGGGAGCGGAGCCGGAGCUGAGCGGUCGGAGGCCGCGCCGCGUAGAAGGCGGCGAACACGGAGCCGGUAUUUUAAUUAAGCAGGGUCUCUUUGAUACAGGCAGGCUGAUGCUAUCUCUGCGCGCUGCUCCCUUCACGGCAGCUUUUGAGUAGGAAAAGUGCUGAGAGAGCGGGAUCUCACGGGGCGCCGGGGCCGCGCCAGACGCCCCGAGGUGGCGGCGGGUGCGGGUGCGCGGCGCGCUGGGAGUUCCAGCUCUGCUGCGGUGCGGUGCAUUUUCGGGGGGCCUGGAGGAACUAGAGUCAAUUUACCAUGAUUAAAGGCACAAGCAAGGAGGCGCCACACAUUUGCAUGCGCCUUCAUCUUUCUGAAGCGGAUUUUUGAGGGCAGCUCGGCAGACAGACUCUGGGCUCCGCGUCCCGCUCCACCGAGGGAGCGCCUCACCGUGCUGCUGCGGGAACGGGAGGUCUCGGACCCCUCGCCCCAGGGAGCCGGGAUCUGGCCUCGGCACCGUGGCCCCAUAGGAUCCGUUCCGCAGCACGGUGCGUCCUGCAGCGACAGGCGCGGCUCUGCGCUGUCCUCCCUCUCGCCGUGGGCCAUGGCUCGCCCGGCGCCGGGCUCGGCGCGCAGGAGCCGCGCCCGCGGAGAAGGGCUGCACCGGCGGCGCUCACCGGGCGCCCUGUCGCCCGCUCCCAGCUCGCCCGGCGCAGCCCUUGCCCUUGGCCUCGCUUUCCGGCUCGUCCCCGGUGGCCGGAGCAAUACCGUCCCUCGCCCGGUAGCGCUGCGGAGAUGCCGUCGCGCUCUGACCGUGCAGGCGGCAGAGGCCAGGAAAAGCAGCGUGGACAUCGGGAUGGGGUCCGGCUCGGGCCUAAGUGCAGCACCACCGAUGCCGACGUGACCCUUUCCUCUCCGGGGGCUCCGUGAGCUCCAGCCGCGGGCCGGGCCUAGACGGGGAGGCCGGAGCAGGCCGGGCCCGGCUGGCAGUGGCGUGGUGCGCACAUGUGCCCCCGCGGCGGCCGGUGCCAGGUGCAGGGCUGGGGGCAGGGUUUACCACCAGGCCCUGACGGCUCCACGGGUUCCCGGGCCCGGGGGCUGGGGGGGCUUUUCCCAGUUCAGGGCAAAUACCUUCGUUUCACUGGGAAAUUUAACGUCUCCUUGGAGCUGGAUCCAUUAUACGGGUUUAAUAUCCGCUCUUUUACAGCUCAGUGUUGUAAAGGCAGCAGCCAGGUCUGUGAACUCUGACAUGUGCACCCGCUGGGGGGGGGGGGAGGGACGGGGGACGGGACCUGCCGGCGCGGGACGCGCCUCCGAGCGCCGCCUUUCAUCUUGCGGGGACGCCGCACCGGCCCCGCCGGCCGACAGCGGGAGGGGGCGGCGGCGCCCCCCACCCGGGACCCUCGCCGAAGCCCGAAGGUUCUGCGGCCCCGAGCCGGUGCCGGUGUCCCGGCAGGUGCCCCAGGGGAGCGGGCCGGGACUGGGAGCCCCGUCCGGCCGGUCCCGGAGCUGUCCCUGCCGCAGACGCGCUCCCGUCGAGACCCGCUCAGGAGAGCCGCCUCUCCCGCACGGGCGUGAACGGGGCGGUGCAUCGCAGGGACGGGAAGGGACGCGGCGACCCCGAACCUUCGCGUUUUCUCCCGCGAAUUGGCAGCUGCAGCACUGGGAUCAGAGCGGCAGGGCUGUGACACCGCUGCCGAGCUUUAGCUUCGCACCUCCCGAACCCCUCUCAGUACCCCCGAACCGCCGGGCUCGAAAUGGCGAGAGGAGGAAGAGGAGGAGAGGCAAGAAAGCUUCGUCUGCCCCCGUUCCCUGUGGGCUCUGCAGUUUCUCAGCGGAGGAGGCAACCCCAGGCCGGUUGUGCUGGACCCCUGUCUCAGCACCUCGACGGCUGCGAAGCUGGGCUCUACCGGGACAGGCACCCAGGCUGGGCACAGAUUCUUAAACACCGACAGCAUACGAGCGCCCGGGUCUUAAUUUUUACUGGUGUCAAGGAAUAAACCCAUUGCUCAUAAAACCGAGGGAAGACUGAGUACGUUGAUGUUUUUUAUAUGACAGGUUAUAAGAUUACUCGGGAGGCCAAUACAGCACGUUAAAGGGGCUCCCACGUCCCGUUUUCCUCAGCUGUGAAAGUUGGUGUGGUGAUAGGAUUAGGGGUCACACGCAUUUAGGUUGCCUUUAUCACAUGGAGAAAUUUCACAGCAGAACACAGGCAAACCAGGAAACCCCAAUUCGUUGAUCUCAAGCUAUCACCAGACAGCAUGCAAUAUAUUUUACAUUUUGGUUUGGACACCUUUUAUGCUUGAGAUUCUUUUCCCUGCCUUUGUUUGGGAAGAAAGUUUGCUAUCAAAGAUGCGAA